AUAAUAAUUAAUAACAAAUAGUUCUUAUCAAUUUAACCUUACUGUUGUAAAAAGAAUAAAAGUAUGUAUCACAUUUAGACAUCUACAUUUCUGAGCAACCGGCUCUUAACUAAUUAAAUUUACAAACUAAAACGGAGCAAUGUGACGAUCACUUGUUAUCUCACUCAAUUUUCCUGAACCCAGUUCCGCGUAUGAAUAAAAUAGGGAUGACACAGCCAUCUCCAUGCUCUAUGUCGAUAAGUUUAUAUUAUAUGUAUAUAUAUAUAUAUAUAUGUAUAUAUAUAUACAUGUUUGUAGAGUCUUCCUUAAAACUGUUUGUUUAAAUUUUUCUCUUUCGUAUUUUUCUCAUGAUGCAGACUGAAACAUAGAAUUGUUGUGUUGUCGUGUAGCAUAAACCGAUUUUCUUUGUUAACGACAGAUCAUAAAUAUGUAUUCUGUUUUUUUCAUAAUAUAAUUUUAUUUCAUUUUUCAGUCACUUUAUAUUACUUUUAUUUUUUUAAUGUUUAUUUAGGUAUAAUCUCUACAUAACAAGAGACAUUUUCUCCUUUACGUAUGUUUCCAAAGUUUUACUUUUUGCUUUUGUUUACUAUCUAAAUCUAAACAACAAAGUGACGCGCUAGUAUUGACCUUCCUCUGUAAAAAAUAUUAAUUAAAAAUUUAAUUUAUAAUACUACUUCCCCUUCUUAAUUUCAAUUUACAAAUAAGUACUAUGAAAUGUAAUUUUACAGAUUUGAGAAUCAACGACAAACAAAAAAUUAAAUCAUAAAAGAAGAAUAACAGUUAGUUAUAUUGGACUCACCAAAUUUAAAAAUACAAAUUGAUGAAUAUACGGGUGAUGUGAGUCAGCGCGGAAAUCAAAGCGCAAAUAACAAAAGCUUACAAAUUUAUACAACACGAAAAAUAUUAAUUUAACUUAAAAUAUCAAAACAACCGCUUGGUAUAUAAAAGGUGACACCACAACGCUUUAAAAAUUAAAAAACUUUUAUAAGAAAAAAUUGUGCUUGAAUUUUACAUGGCUACUCAAACGUUGUGAUAAAACAAUCUAUUGAAUUAAAAAAUUUUUGGAAAUAAUACUUUGAGAGAUAACACGUGCAUUUUUAAGAUUCAACAUAAUAUAUUCCAAACUUUAUUAAUUAUUUAUAACAUGUUUCUCUGCAGAUAUAAACUAUGUAUAUCGUAUACGUUUAUAUACAUUUCUCCCACAUAAUUCCUUUCUACAUGUUUUCCAUAGUACUAUCUCUUACUAUCUCCUACUACGCAUAUAAUACGUAAGACGUAUAUUUCAUUCCUCCGUUCCGUCUUUAAAUCGUACGUUUAAGGCGUAAUAGCGCGCGAGGCUUACCGGCAAUUUUUCUCCGCGGUUCUCCGCGCGCGAUGUGCGUGUAUGGAAGUAAUUGGUGCCGGGGCACGUGAUGGUUUUAUUAUUUGGCGUAACGGGGAUGCUUAGGAGAGUUAUGGUAAUGAGGUAUAAUUAUAUAGGCCCCCGGUAAUUCGUCGAUUGUACGAUAACGGAUAUACCGCCGUAUAGCCAGCGGGGAGCCGUCCCGGAGGAAAUAAAAUAUUGCCGAAAUAAAAAGUGUCGUUGUAAACCGGGAGAAACGCAACUUAAUUUCGUUAUUUAUAAUCUACCCCCGCGCGUAAUUUUCCAAACGGCCUUGCGCUCGCGUGUGCGAGACGCGACGGCACGCGAAUGAAACUCGUGAAGCGCGAACCGGUGAGUAACCCCCCGGAUUAUCUCGUUAAAUUUACGGAGCCGCGCGUGGGCCCCGAAUGGCGAAUUCCGGGAAAAAAAAAACGCAACGGCCGCGCUUCGAGACGCGAUUCCAAUAACCGUGGAACGUUCCCGCUCGCGUACGUCCCGUCCAGUUCCUGGCGGCGAUGCGCGUUGCUCAACCGCUAAUCACACCGCACCGGCCACGGAGAAAACUCUAACCACGCCGUAAACUUUUUCCCCGAACGUAACAGCGCGCGAUUUAAUAAUAACUCGCGCGCGUUUCUCGCGUAAAACGCAUCCCGACGGACGUAUUGAUACAGCCCGAGAUAGCUCGGUCGCGAUGAUGGCCCGUUGCAGCUUUUGCGUCAGAGGCGCAGAGGCAAGUCCGGCCAGAUGCACUUUGCCGCACUUUCGACGAAAUGCGUAACGCACGCGACCGACGAGAUUCCAGCUGCGAAAUUUAGACCCCCGCCAAAUGCGCCGGAGGCGCUAAUGACACCCUAAUGACGUGUGAUGGGCAGUUGCGGCGCAUCGGAUGCAUCACGUUGCACUCACGUCGUCGCCCCUGCACCCACCCUCGCGUGGACGGGAAGCGCGAAUGAAUAUUUAACACGUCACGAUGGCCGAUAUUCGGCGAUGUUGGGAUUUUUCGCGCGCACCAGAGGCGAUUUUUUCCCCCCUUCUCGCUCCGGCACGAUAAGCCCGACGAAAUUUUAUCGACAGAUCAGCGCGCGCGCGCGCGCAAAAGAGGAUACUUUUGUCCGACAUCAAAAUUGGCCGUAAAUAUAUUUUCGUUCGUAUAUUGUUCCCAUAUCGACUUUCUCUUUUAUAAAAUCCUCUCCUUGGCGAAAGGUCAGUAAAAUCUUCAAAAUUUGUCACGGUUCUAAUCUCCAUCAUCCCAUACUUGGCCGAAGGUGAUUCGCGAAUGACGCAGGACCGAGUCUCGUAAUAAUAGUUUAACUAAAAUUCAAUCUGUGAUUCCACGGCGUUUUAUAGCUCAGUCUCUUAGAGAAAGCCAGAGAAGAAGAAGUAUGCGAUGGCGACGUUAACACGGAUUGUACUUCAGCUUUAACGUACUUUAAUGUUGAGGAAAGGAAAAGUAGUAAAUUAAAUUCGAUGAAAUUGAUAAUUGUGUUAAUUACGUUAUUCUUAAACCGAUUAACUUAUGUUAGCUAUCUAGAAAUUUUCGCGCGUUUUGUUUAAUAAGUAUCGCAGAAUCAGAACGACGUGUCAAGCGCGCAAAGGAAAACAGCCUCUUUUUAAUUAUCUCGUUAUUUCGAGUAAUACGGCCACGCGCGAUUACCAUAGAAUACCGUAGAAAAGUUUUCAAGGCACAGUUGCAUAAGGAUCGUAACACGUUCCAUCUGUCAUGUGAAUUAUAAGCGAAUUCGGAGCGGAUGAAUUAGGUCGCGCCCGGAAAAUUCAUUUCUCCUUCCCCGGCUAAAGAGGGAACGAUCAUAUUUCACCCGCGCGAAAAUAUAGGUUCGCCAAAUUAGGGAUUACACUGGGAUACCCGGAAGCGAGACGUCUCGUCUCCUUGUAAGGGUGACGAAUAACUGGAUGUAGAAAUUCAUAUAUUAUCAUCAUUAUUCGCAAACGUGACUCGGAAAGCCACUUUCCUGAAGACAAAUCUCGCGAAGCUACGUUGAACCGACGAUAAUACCGCGCUGAUAAAUCAUUUAACGGUUUGCCCAUUGAUUUACUUUUAUUUUGUAGAACGCUCAAUCAACGCUCUUAUGGACAGGACGGAGGAUGUGGGAUACGUGAAACUAUUUUUACACAGAAGAGAGUAUUCUUGGUCUUUCGUCGAUGCCCCAAAUUACAUUGACCUCACAAUCAAAGUUUUACACUGUUAUCUUUGAAUUAAAUAUCGAUAUACCGAAGCUCUAUUUUUACUUUUACAUAUUUUAAAGUAAUUAAUAAGUAUUGCAAGAAAACUCGCAUAAAAAUGCGAUUUUAAAUAACAUUGCAUGCCACACCGUAUAUAAUUUCGUUUACUCUUUUAUCCCCCCUAGAAUGUCCCAUUUAUUGGUAAAAAUUUAUUUCUUUGUGAUUAUAACAAAAUAUGUUUUUAAAAUGACAGCGACAUUGGUACAAAAAUAUAACUAUUUUCUAACAAAGUUAGCGAUUAAAGUAAGUCAGGGGCUAAACUUUGGCGGACAUUAGAACAUGAAAUAAUUUUGCUUAAUGCAAUUUCGUCAACAAGUACUUUUUUCAUCUCACUGAUGAUAAAAUUACAGCGGACACGGUAAGAGAGAUGGCACGCUCUUUCUACAGAGUCUACCUAGGUAAGGGGGUACAAUACCUAUAUAAAGCUUGAAUGAAGAUGCUCCCAGCUAUUCACUCUCACCUUUCUCAUAAGCGCGCGCACAACGCAAAUCUUCCGGCCGAAUCGUGAAGGAAGAUCGACUUCAGCUACCUUGGUGGCAAUAAUUUUCUACGGAAAGGAUUUCACUUACAGGUCAAGGAUGAGGCUCGUCGCCGAGGCGAUUCUCGUCGUCGCUCUCUCGGGUGCAGCAAUGUGCGGUCAGGACUUCGGCGGUCACGCGCUCUUCGUGAGAACCGCGGACGUGGAUCCCGCGCACACGAGAGUCCAACGGGCCGCUGCCACGGUAUCGCCGGCAGACGUGAUGGCGCAAAAUAUCCUAGAGUGGAUUCAAGGGAUCUACCAGCAGGGCACACGUAAAAUUCGCCAGCAAUCAGAUUCAAAUGCGUACUUGCCGCCCUACAGCACGCAACGACCGCCCGAAAAACCGCGACCCUUCCAGACGGCUUCUCAACAGAACGAAGUAACGGGCUACACUCCUCAGCGGCCAUCAACAAUUUACACCCCGCCGAAUGUCGGUUACCCGGGAUCCGGGCAGCCAUCCACGCCAUUUUCUACUCCAAGACCAAGCCAGCCGCCCUCGUCAACGUAUGUGCCGCAAGGCUUCAGAGGCUCCACGUCCUACAAUCCUCCGAGACCGAGCCAGCCCUCGUAUUCGAACGCAGGAUCCACGGGACCUUCAAGACCUUCAGGACCACCCCCGACCAGAGGCUAUCCUAGUUCAGGUUAUCCUAGUUCGAACGGGGGAGCUACUCCGACAGCUGGAUAUCCAUCUACCGGAAGACCGCAACCUCCCUUUCCUACACCAGGAGAAGUUACACCAGGAGGAGGCGUAGAGAUUGGUACUGAUGGAGGUACAGCUACCGAAGGAGAAGGUCCUCGAACGCCUGAAACCGAUGUUACUGGUACAGGUACUGGUGUUACAAGUCCUGAUACUGGUGUUACAGGUACUGGUACUGGUACUGGUGUUACAGAUACUGGUACUGGUGUUACAAGUACUGGUGCAGAGAGUACUGACGACGAUCUCAAUCAUCCCCCGCAUAUCCAUAGUCUUGAUGUCGAAUGCAGUAAAACCAUGAUGACGAUCAAUAUUGAGUUCAAUCGUGCUUACGACGGCAUUAUUUAUUCUAAGGGAUUUUUUAUGAACCCCGAUUGUACAUAUGUAAAACAGAAUUCUGGCUCAACACAAUAUUCUUUCACUGUGAAUCUCGACUCCUGCGGAACUCAAUUCAUAAACGAUUUCGAGGGUGAAGCUGGUCAAGCGUAUUUGGAAAACGUCCUCGUGUUACAAAAUGAACCUGGUAUACAAGAAGUCUGGGAUACAGUUCGAAGAGUGCGAUGCCUCUGGGAAGGAAACAUCAAUAAGGCCCUAACGGUGAAUCUCUCAGUAGAUAUGUUGAACCAGGAGAUUGUUACCUUCAGCGGCGAUACCGCGACGGCUAAACUAGAUAUUCAAAUCGGCAGAGGACCUUUCGCACCCGCAGCCGAUGGACUCGUAAAGAUCGGAGAAACAAUGACCCUGGUAGUCUCCGUAGAAGGUGAUCCUGGUUUUGAUCUCCAGGUGCGCGACUGUUUGGCACGAGACGAAGCAUCGACGAACAUGCUGCAGCUCACCGACGAAAGAGGCUGCAUUUUGAAACCGAAGCUAUUCGGUGCCUUCCAAAAAACAAAUGAUACCGGCAAUACUGGCGCUUCUAUUAUCGCUUACGCGUUCUUCCAGGCCUUCAAAUUCCCCGAUGUUAUGGAUCUGUUCAUCGAAUGUAAUGUGGAAUUAUGUAAAACUAAUUGCGAACCUUGUCCGGAUGAAAAUCAACAAAUUGAACCAGGAAGACGUCGUCGAUCGAUAAUGUAUGCACCAUCUUCGAACAAUUCGACGAAUGCGAUUCUGCUGUCGGAUCCGGUUCGUGUCGGACGGCGUUUCAAAGUGAUCAUGUUAGAUGAUCUCAGCACAGCAUCCAGUCAGGUCCUGGAUAGAAUGGAGGAAACAGCCGUUGAGGAGAUGAUAAAAACGAAAGAGGUCUGCAUGAGUAACAGUGGAUUUUACACGACUUUCUCUCUUAUGUUGAGCACCAUCUUCGUCGCGACCAUAAGCGCGGCUGUGUUAUAUAUUAAAUUGCAACGGAUUCGUAGUCCGAAAUUUGUGGAUUCGUAGGAUGGUAUUAUUUUUGCGACAUCUUUAUUGUAAUAAUACCACAGAAAAGGAGUUGUGUAGGAAAUGACGAGCGCGUGCCAGUAAUCAAAUAAUAAUUUAAACGAUAAGAGAUUAUUAUUUUAUCUUAAUCAUUCGCUUAAUCAUUCAAUCACGAAAAAAUUUCCAGAAUAUGGAAAGAAAGCAUAUACCGAGAUAUUUUAAAUAACCAAUAGCUGAGAAAUAGCCAAACUAUUAUCAAGAAUCUGUUGCUUCUAAGUAUUUAUAUAAUAAAGUUUUUUUUAUCUUCACAAAUAUAGAAAAUUUAUUCUGCAUAGCAGAACAGGGAAGCAGCCAUAUUUAUAUUAUAUAUCAAUUUAUAAAUAUCAUAAAUAACAAACUACUCGUGCAGUCCUCGGACGACGAUAGUGCUCAUUUCGCGUAAUCCUUGAAUACCAAUACGAUAUGGUGUUUAUUGCGAUAUUUCAAUAUCAGAAUAAUGUAAAUCUUAAGUAUUCGAAAAUAAAUUAUAUUUUUAAAAAAGAUAUAGCUUUUUUAUCAUCUCCUUCUUUGAACAAACAAUUAUAAUUAUUGCAUAGUCAGAAACAUAUAGUUGAUUUUAAUACACACACAAAACGUUGAAUAUAUCAAAAAACUGAUAUCGACAUUAAUUCGACGUUAAAUCAAUUAUAUGUUUUUUAAAUGUAAAAAUAGUAAAAGUAUACAUGGACAAGGAAUUAUAUUGUUACAGGUAAUAUGCGAUUAUGCAUGUAUUAAUUGCAAUUAUGUAGUACAUAACAAGAGUUUACAAAUGAUAUAAAUAGUGUUACAAUUAACUACAAAAAGUACAAGGUAACAUGAUCUAAAUAAAUGUAAUUCAGUUUACUUAUCCUUAUAAAUCUGUAAAUAGUAAUUAGACCUAGCAAUAAAAUGUCUUUUUCAUUCCA